CCUGAUCAUCAUCAUUCCCAAGAAAGCAAGCAUCCGACAAUUCUAGGACGCCUUUUGACGAUAGCCAAUCCUUACCCUGGCUCAUCCAUUUCUUUCUUGAAAAUCUAUUUUUUUCUUCUUUCUUACGGACACUCAAUAUCCUCUCUCGUCAAACCCAUCUUUGCAAGAUGCUCCACAAGCUUACUCUUCUUGCCGUUGCUGUCUUGGUCACGCUCCAGUCAGUGGCAGCCUUCAACGUCGUUGUACCUGCUGGAGAGCGCCGAUGCUUUUUCGAAAACCUUGAGAAGGGUGAUACCUUCCAUGUAUCUUUCCAAGUUGGGGAGGGCGGCCAUCUCGACAUUGACUUUUUUAUGACUAAUCCAAAUGAAAUCCUUGUCGAGGAUGCCAAGAAGACUGCAUCAGACACGUUCAACUUUGAGGCAAAGAUCAGUGGCAAGCAUGAGUACUGCUUCAGCAACGCUUUUUCAACUGUAACUGAGAAGACUGUUGGAUUCAAUGCUUUGGUCUUUAAGCCAUACAGGGAGGAUGCCACAAACAAGACUGACCCACUUGAGCAAGAGAUCCGUGAAUUGGCUGCUGGGAUCCAAGAGAUCAAAAAUGAACAGGAGUAUACUUUGGCUCGUGAGAGAACACACCGUAACACUGCUGAAAGCACAAACUCGCGCGUGGUGUGGUGGUCCUUGUUCCAGUCCGCUAUCCUUUUCCUUGUUUGCGUCUUCCAGAUUACGUAUCUUAAGCGUUUCUUUGAGGUCAAGCGUGUUGUUUAAAAUAAUACAACCUCAUUACACCCUGGUUUUUACUUUUUUAAUUGGGGCUAUUUUAUUUUACUAUACUUUUUUCUUUGCUUGACAUGGCAUUGACAAUUAACUGUCGUUUGCUGCGGCACACCGUAUCAUCUUUGAAAUAAAAAAUUGUGUCUACUAUUU